CUCACCCGAGUCAUGAAAUCUAUUUUUGCGCAAAAUAUGAAACGCGAUGUUUAUCACUAGUUUGGGCGAAAUAUCCCUUCCAAUGUCUUCAAAAGAUAACUCAGACUGGGAAGAAUUUAGCAAAGCCCAUCUUCUCAAACAAGGUAUCUUAGAUGGUGUUGCCCUGUUAAGUCUCCAUGGCAUUGGCAUUUAUACCUAUGGUUUGAUGGACUCUGUAGAACAAAGCAACUGGGGACAGUUUUCCAAGUUAUUCCACUACUCUUGUGGACCUCAAGAACAAGACUUGGUUAAUCAAGGUUUCAAACUCGUGUUGGCAAAUGGGAGGAUCGUCAGCUACAAAAUAUACAAUAAGUCGUUCUGUAGUGCUUAUUGUACCUCGGAAGGUGGUGAGGAUGGUCUGAUAGUCAGCAGGUUACCAUGUGGUAUCCUUGUCUGUUCCUAUGCAGUUGUCCCCUUCACAAUAAUGUGGGGUGUGAUAGCCCUCCCUCCAGCGUGCACGCAUCCGAUGACAGUAACCGUCUCUCUGUCUCCACUUGUCCGCUGAUGGAUGUAUCUCUGACCUUUUCUGGAAAUAGAAGAAAAUGAUAUAGGAUUGGUUAUCAUCGGAAAGAAACAUGUUUUAAUAUCCUACCGGGAAGGAGUGUGAAAAUGUUUAUAAAGCCAAGUUAUUCAGUCCUUACCUUGUUACCACUUUAAUUGGUCGCUGGUCUUUUUGUACCCCGGUUUCAUCCAUGUUCCACUUCCAGAUUAGCUGGGGUGAUAGCUCGAGUCCGAAGUUACGGACAGUCUUGACCCAGUCUUUGAAAAAGGCACCUACCUGUAAAUAUUUAUAGAUGAUAGACCUUGGUUGACCAUUUUGUAAAGACAUUCAAUUUGUUUAUUCAUGGAAUUCCGCCCUAUAAACUUUCUUCGAUUUCGGCACAUGCAGAAGAGAUACAAGUAAAGAUAAAACAAGGUUAAGAGACACUUCAUAAUAAAUUAUUGUACCUUUUCUGGUGUCAUACAGCGAUGGCGGACGCUUGCUGUCGCCUCAGGCUUUCUAAGGGUCACUGCCUUCUGAUCAUUCUCCUUCUGCCUCUGGCACAUCAGGCGGUACCAUUUCUCCCCAGGCACCACGUUCUUGAAGUGAACCCCCUUCUUUUGAGCUACCUUUCCUGCAUAGAUUUUAAAAUUCUUCUUAGAAAAUCCGAUACCCGUCGCUGCCCGAGUUUCUGCGACAUCUAUAAGCUCUCGUUCAAUUUCUUCACUCAGUUUAGGCUUUUGCCCUGGCUUAGCCCCCAUUUCUACCUUGCUACAGCACAUGACGGCAGAAUGAUUCUAUUGUUUUUACCUACAUAUCCCCAACACCAACGAACCAACUGUCUAUAUGCGAUGUGCCUGUACUUGGCAUUGGAGGGCCCAUUGAAGGUUUUGCUUCCAUACUGCUGUUUGUAGAACAGCCAAGCACUUUGUGGAGACCAGGGGCUGAGGCAUACAGGAGUAAAUCCGGGAUGAUCGACUAUGCAGUUGGGAGUCACAUUAUUUACAUCCUCUACCAAAUAUAUUUCUGCAAUUUUAUUCGGAACUUGUUCUGUUUCCAUGCAGCAACGAUAUUCUCUCACAGUGGGCAUUGUCAAUUAAAAACUUUGCUUUUUAAUCAAUUCUUCGAGGAGGUGGCGCUUUGAGCGUGGUGCUACCACGGAAAGGCGCCCUAUAAGUGUAGAAUUCAUUCAUUCAUUCAUUCAUUGUCUUGCAAUUUCUGCAUGUGCACCUGAAAAUAUAGUAGGAUAGCAGAUACUAUAUAUUAUGCUUUGUAAUAUGCAUGUAAAAAUAAAACACAAAUGAA